AAUAAUGGCGACAUUAUUACAAUCUCUUCAGGAAACACCCACCGUGGCCCUGCCAAUAAAGGCAGUUUAACACGACACUUGGCCGUUUCCAUUGGUGCAGACUCUGAAAGAGGAACCUGACCAGUCAGACGUAAUACCAUACCAUACCAUACUAAACUAGGCGCAAAAGCAAGUCAAGGCAGACAUUUUCAGACAUUCCAAGAGAUCACAGCGUAUCUGGGUAGAAAGAAGAAAACAGUUGUCGCCAGUGCGUGGGAAGGAAGGUCAGCCUUUGACAGUAAACAAGAUAUUGCUUUCUUCUCCACACAGACGAGUAAGCGGACAUAAUGAUAGUGGAUAGGAUAACCGAAGAGAACAGGGAAGCAUUUGUUCUGGAGUAUGGGGAAAGCCCCAUAUUUUUCAGCCAUUUUGGGGAGAGUUCCCCUGAAGGGAGUGAGCCAAGCUCCCCACAUCAGACGUAUUUCGUUCCGGUGUCUCCCGACAGUAAUUCUCUGAGUAGCAGCAACGAAGGCUGCUUGAGCGACGCUGGAAUUUCUCAGGCAUCACAGCGAAACGGAAAACGUCAGAUCGGUGGAGGAAGGCAGCAUAAAGGCAGCUUUGUGGGUGUUCGUGUGAAAAAUCCUGUGAAAGAGCUACUCAACCACUUCAGAAACCAACAGUUGGUAGGAGACUCCUUGGAAGAUUAUAAGGUAAAAGGAAGUCCAGCGGAUCCAGAACAAUUUUUAGAAUUGAAGACUAUUCUUAGAAAUUCCAAAAGAAAUGCACCUGAUGAUCAUUGUGAUGAACUGCCUUGCAAAAGAUCAUCUUAUGAGUCACUUCCUCUCUUGACUCCUCCUCAUACGCCUACGUCUGCUGAAAGUAUGGAUGAUAAAAGUAGAGCGGAGUCAAACUCUGAUGCACUUCAGACUAUUAUAAAUAUAAAGAAUGAGUCUCACCCCUUGUCACUCAACAGUGUGCAAGUCAGUUGGAACAAUAAUUUGAAAAAAGACUGCAGAGUAGAGGACUAUCUUGAAGUAUGCUCAGGAGCUUCUUAUUCACAGUCCCAGAACUGCCAUCUUCAGGACACCAGUCCCCAACACUCAAUAGAGCAGAAUUUUUCCUGUUCAUUUUCACCUGACCUUUCACUUUUGCCUCCAGGUUUACAGCAGUACUUAAAUGGAGGUGACUUACAGGACUACCAGCUCUUUCCUGCAGAUGGCCAGUCUAAUAUGUACCAGCAGUCUGGAUUUGGAUUCCAUACUUUGCCAUUUGAAACCCAAGGCCAAAGCUUCCAAUCUGUACUGCAUGAGCAAAGUUUUCCACUUGUUCAGCCUAGUGGUCAGACUCAUUCUGUGAUGUUUAAUUGCUCCCAGAAUAUGAACCUUUCACAAGAUCAAGUUUCUGCUGCGGUGCAGUCAAAUGCUUUGUUUUUGUCAUCUGAGCGUUUUUGUCAGCAGAAGCCUGUUACUGAGACAAACCCUGUACAGCCUGGAAAGUCUUUCUUUCAAUGGCAGAUAGAACAGGAGGAGAAUAAACUUACAAAUGUUACCCAUGAUCAGCUUUUGGCCAAGGACUCUGAUGGAGAUACACUCCUUCACAUAAGUGUUGCACAGGGACGGAGGGCUCUGUCAUAUGUCCUAGCAAGGAAGAUGGCUGCCUUGUGUAUGUUGGAUGUUAAAGAGCACAAUGGGCAGAGUGCCUUGCAAGUAGCUGUUGCAGCCAACCAGCAUCUGAUUGUUCAGGACCUAGUAAGUCUUGGUGCACAGGUGAAUACGACAGACUGUUGGGGCAGGACACCACUACAUGUCUGUGCUGAGAAAGGUUUUGCCCAAGUCCUUCAGGCUCUCCAAAAAGGAGCAAGAACUAGUGUUCAGCAGAUGGAUCUUGAAGCUACAAAUUAUGAUGGCUUAACGGCCCUUCACUGUGCAGCAGUUGCUCACAAUGCAGUGGUACAUGAACUCCAGAGGAGUCAGCCUCGCUCUCCUGAAAUGCAAGAGCUUUUGCUGAAGAACAAAGGUUUGGUGGAUACAGUCAAAACGCUGAUCCAGAUGGGUGCUUCUGUUGAAGCAAAGGAUCGAAAAAGUGGUCGCACUACACUGCACCUGGCUGCUGAAGAAGCUAAUGUUGAGCUGCUCCGGGUCUUCCUUGAACUUCCUAACUCCCUAUGUUUUGUUAAUGCCAAGGCCUACAGUGGGAAUACUGCAUUGCAUGUUGUUUCUGGGUUGCAGUACCGGGUAGCUCAGCUUGAUGCUGUUCGGCUCUUGAUGAGAAAAGGAGCAGAUCCAAGUGCCCGAAAUUUAGAGAAUGAGCAGCCUGUUCAUUUGGUACUUGAUGGUUCCUUAGGGGAACAAGUUAGGCGCAUUCUGAAAGGAAAAACUGUGCACCCAAGAACAUUGCCCUACUAAUUCUGAAUUUUAAAGAUUUUCAAACUUCUAUACUCACUGUCAGUUAGGCAGUCCUGUUUUUAUACAUUUGUCAUGAAAUGGCAAAUGACUGUUGUUUCUAUGAAACAAAAUGUAUUUUGUUCACUACUAUGUAAUGACUUUUUAGGAAAACUGAGCAGAUAAGGACGUCUUGCCUCUUCAGGUGAUUUGCUGUGGCCUUGUUCACUAACUGCAGCUCUCUGCCUGUGUAGUGGUAACCUGUAAAGUGGAACCACCAGUUUCCCCCCACCUGAGGGUGGUACUUGGGCUUUAUCCUUUCGUGCCAUUGAGUGUGGUAGAUGAGUGAAUUUUUGCAUGAUUUUUAUAACUAAAAAUGUAAAGCUAGUUGUCAACAUUGCAUAAGGGGCUGUUGAGCACCAUAAUCUUUGUUUUGCCUAAUACGGGGCCCAGUUUACAUGCAGUUAGCAUAUAGAGGUAUGUCUGCACUACAUAGAAAACAAGUUUCUCAUAUACUGAUGAAGAAAAGAGCCGCAUAAUAAGUCAGUUUUAUGAUUCGAGUGGUCCAUAGACCCUGUAACACAAUUUUACAGAUACUGUUCAUUUUUGAGAUUAUAUUUUUUGUAAUGCAAAAAGUGUAGACUGACUUCAGAGAGAGUGUGUCUAUGUAUAUGUGUGUAUACGUAUAUAUGUAGUGUGUGUGUGUGUGUGUGUGUGUGUGUGUGU